AUGUCGACUCUAACUCAAGUAGAGUCUCUAGACGUCUCGCAAGCUAACGUGCUCGCUCAAGGUUUGAAUAAAAAAAAUGAAAGAGUCGUAAACGGUUUCGGCUCUCUAAUGGGAAGUAAAGAAAUGGUAGACUUCAAUAAACCUACCUCCUCCUCUUCUUCCUCUUCCCAUUCACAACCCCAAUCCCAAUCCCAAUCCCAAAAACAUAUCUCCGAACAACCUUGGACCUUCAACAACUGGCAUAAUCACAUCAACUGGCUAAACAUGGUCCUAGUCGUAUUCAUACCUACUCUAGGUUGGAUCACCGCCUUCUCAGGUUUGGUCCCAUUACAUAGAAACACUCUACUCUUCGCUGCCGCUUACUACGUUUUGGGUGGUGUCUGUGUUACUGCCGGUUACCACAGAUUGUGGUCUCACAGAGCCUACUCCGCAAGAUGGCCACUAAGAUUGUUCUUUGGUAUAUUCGGUUCCGCUUCUGUCCAAGGUUCAAUCAAAUGGUGGGGCCACUCUCACAGAAUUCACCACAGAUACACAGACACGCCAAGAGACCCUUACGACGCAAGACAAGGGCUAUGGUACUCUCACAUGGGUUGGAUGUUGGUCAAACCAAACCCAAAAUACAAGGCCAGAGCUGACAUCCAAGAUUUGAACGAUGACUGGAUCGUCAGAUUCCAACACAGACACUAUGUCACAAUUAUGAUCAUCACAGCUUUCGUCAUCCCUUCUCUAGUCACCGGCUACUUCUUCAACGACUACCUAGGAGGUUUCCUAUACGCAGGUAUCCUAAGAGUAUUCGCCAUCCAACAAGCCACUUUCUGUAUUAACUCAAUGGCUCACUAUAUCGGUGCUCAACCUUUUGACGACAAAAGAACCCCAAGAGACAACUGGAUGACCGCUAUCGUCACCUUCGGUGAAGGUUACCAUAACUUCCACCACGAAUUCCCUUCGGAUUAUAGAAACGCAAUCAAAUGGUAUCAAUACGACCCUACUAAGAUGUUCAUCUACGCAAACUACAUAUUUGGCAUGGCAUUCGAUUUGAAAAAAUUCUCACAAAAUGCAAUCGAACAGGCUUUAAUCCAACAACAACAAAAGAAAAUCGACGCCAAGAGUGCUAAAUUGAACUGGGGCCCUCGUCUAACUGAUCUACCAGUCUGGUCAAAGGAUCAAUUCUUGGAAAAUUUAAAGAGUGAUCCAGAAUUAGUCGUCAUCUCCGGUGUUGUGCAUAACGUUAAGAACUAUAUCAAUGAUCACCCAGGUGGUAAAACUUUAAUCAAAUCAGCUUUGGGUAAAGACGCCACCAGCGCUUUCAAUGGUGGUGUUUACCGUCACUCAAACGCUGCUCAAAACGUCUUGGCUGACUUUAGAGUUGCUCUCUUGGACGAUGGUAAAGAAUCCGCUUUAAAAUUAGCUGCAAAAAGAGGUGAACAUUACUACGAUGAAAAAAAAUCAUUGUGA